GGCCUUGGCGUCUCGAACACAUUGACGGAAAACGCGUCUGCCUCGAGAUAUCGCGUCGCAACAGCUGCAGGGUCGAGACUCGAGCCGAGACUGUCGUGGUGUUUGUGACCGGCAGCAGUGUGGAAAUUUGAGUCGAGUCAGAGGGACAGUCAGGAAGUCUCGUUGGCGAACUACGGAUCGUUCGUAUCUCUGUUCAGUUAACAAUUGACCCCUCGGCAGAACUUUGCGUCCUUAAACUGACUCACGUCCUGUAAAAUAACAGUCAAUCGGGUUAUUCGAACAGUUUCGUGUGCAGUUAUAACGAUUCCAUUUAGUGCGGUUGACCGGAGAGAGUAAAGUCUCGCCGAAAUAAACUUACUGUUUUUAUUUUACCCCUCGUGGUAUUAUUCGCAGAUAUAAUGGUGGUCGGUGUCCCACUUUCGAUGGGUUCGCGCUGCGUCAAGUACCUUAUGUUUAUAUUUAACCUGCUCUUUGUGAUUAGCGGAAUCCUGCUGAUCUCGCUUGGAUCGGUGAUUUUUGCCAUUUUCCAUGAAUACCGCCAUUUCCUUGACAAGGAAUUCCUCUCGGUACCAUCGCUGCUGAUAGCGAUUGGUGUGAUAAUUUUCCUCAUCGCAUUUUUCGGCUGUUGUGGAGCUGUUCGGGAAAAUUACUGCAUGCUUUUUACGUUUGCCACGUUGAUGAUACUCGUAUUCAUCCUCGAACUUGCCGGUGGAAUUUCUGGAUACGUACUGAGGGCACAAGCGUCCGACAUCGUUACUGAAAAAAUGAACAGCUCGAUGGCCGAAUACAAGGACAAUACCGAGAUCACUUUCCUCUGGGAUGGGAUUCAGAAAAAACUCCGAUGCUGUGGCACAAAUGAGCCGAAGGAUUGGCAGCUAUACUUCGCCAACGAUUCUCUCCCAAUGACUUGCUGUGAUCCACAAGCUGGUGCCGCUGGAACUGUGUCCUGCAAACUCAAUUCAACAUCAGAGCUGCACGUCCACGAUGUAGGCUGCGCUCCCGCUUUUCUUGACUUCGUCAAAGUGCACGCUCUGCAACUCGGCGGAGUCGGUUUCGGCGUCGCUUUUCUACAGUUCGCCGGUAUCUGGUUUGCGAUAUCCCUGGCAAAGUCCAUCAGAAAUACUUACGAGUCGGUUUAGUCAUCACGGAAAAAGCGCACCGUCUUUGAGAUGGAGGAAAACUAAAAGAAAAUCUCAUUCCAAGAAUUAAACGUUAUUAUCACUAUAUGUAUAAUGACUUAAAUUUGUACAUAUAGCUGUGUAUGCUUUUAUACUUCCGACUUACUAAUAUUGAAAUACUUUGUUGUUAUAUUAUACUCGUGCCUGUACUUAUACGAUGUGAAAAGUGGUGCCAUAUAAUUAUAUAAGUAUAUUAUUUUGUUUGAUACAUUAUUCAUAUGAUUAAAAGAAUUUAGAAAAUGCGAAAGAUAGAUACUUGGCACUAGUUCUACCGUUUAUACGAUUAAUGAAGAAAUUCUGAGAUAAAAAUAACUAUUGUACUGACAAAAGUGUUAUUUCAAAUGAAUGUCAAAUUUAUAUG